AUGACGCCUCACCGACGUCCAAUUUACUUUAAUCCUGGCCCUCGAUACUCUUCAUCAGAGACAUCGAGUCCUGUGGAUUUGACCAAACGCUUUCACGAAACCCUCAAGACUUACACAAAGACUCCCCUCGUGCCUCUACAAUCCCUCGCCAAAGAUGUUGGCGUGAAAGCUAUAUACGUCAAAGAUGAGAGUCACCGCCUCGGGUCGUCUUCUGUCGACAUUCUAGGAGUAUCAUGGGCAAUUUUCCGAGCACUAGCCAAUCGACUGGAUCUGCCUCUAGAUUCAGGCUUGGAAGCGGCCAAAGCCCGCCUGUCGACCAGUCCGAUCCCAUUAUAUGCUGUGGCUUCUGGAAACCGCGCCCGUUCCGUUGCCCGCAUGGGAGCCAUGUUGUCAAUUCCAGUCAAUAUUUAUAUAACGGUUCCAGCUAAUCCUGAUACCAUCGAUUUUAUAAGGAAAGAAGGUGCUAGCGUGAUUGUAGCCAGUUCGUCUGAAGCGGCUUUAGAAGAAGCAUCCACUGCGUGCAAAGAGAAGGACGGCAUCUUCUUUCAUCCAGAGGAGGGCAGCGGUGAGGAUGGUUUACCAAUGUGGAUCGUCGAUGGCUUCUCAACCCUCAGCAUUGAACUCGAUGAACAGCUCCAUGACGAAAAAGCAGAUAUGGUCAUUUGCCCGGCCGGAGAUGGUAGCUUGGCACAAGCGCUCGUCACACAUUACAAAGCGAAAGGACAGCAACAGACACGCAUCUUGGCAGUUGAGCCCGACACGGCAUGUCCGUUGUGGAAAAGCCUAAGCAGAGGAGAAUUUGUGAACCACGCGGAGGCUACCGACACGAUUAUGCAAGAGUCCGACAACGAAGGGCUCUCAAAAACAGCAUGGCAGUGUCUCAAAGCCGGAGCCGAUGCCAGCUUGACGAUAUCAGACUGGGAAGCGCAUAAAUCAAGCCUUGAGUUACGGGAUGCUGGACUCGCGGUCAGUCCUGGUGGUGCUUCGAGUCUCGCUGCCAUACGGCGUCUCGAUGAGCAGUCACGGUCGAAGCUGAGUCUGAGCAAAGACUCCGUCAUAGUCUUGAUCUGCACAGAAAGGCUCACAAAGUAUGACAUUCCCAAGGAUGUAUCAUCUGACGACGUGAUCGAGUUGACCAAGACGCUCGUACGGAUCAACUCUGCGAAUCCGGAUUUUGGCUCAGUUCCCGGGCCCGGUGAAACCGCUAUUGCAAACUACAUCACGGCGUGGCUUCAACACCGCGAUAUCGAAACCCACAGAGUAGAACCUACUCCCGGACGCCCCUCCAUUGUUGGUGUGGUACGUGGAUCUGGUAAUGGAAAGAGCAUUAUGCUAAACGGACACAUUGAUACCGUAACCGUGCUUGGAUAUGACGAUGACCCAUUAAGCGGUCAUAUCGCCGACGGGAAUCUAUACGGUCGAGGCGCAGCAGACAUGAAAAGCGGCCUCGCUGCAGAAAUGAUCGCCCUCGUACGAGCAAAAGGAAUGAAGCUCAAAGGAGAUGUCAUCUUCGCCGCCUCGGCAGAUGAGGAAUCAGAGAGCAUAGGAACCGAGCAGCUUAUCGCGGCAGGUUGGCGAGCUGAUGCAGCCAUUGUCGCUGAGCCCACGGAAAUGGCACUCAUCAACACCCACAAAGGCUUCGCCCUGUUUGAAGUCGACAUUCACGGUGUAGCCUCUCAUGGAUCAAGAGCAGAUCUCGGAAUCGAUGCCAUCUGCAAGGCUGGCUAUUUUCUCGUCGAGCUGGACCGCCAUGCGCAAGAGCUGCAGCACCGAUUCAAAGGCAAGCAGAUAGAGACGGGAUCUCCCAAUAUCCACGCUGGCAUGAUCAAGGGCGGCGAAGAAAUUGCUUCGUACCCUGCUUGCUGCACAAUUUCCAUUGAGAGACGCACAAUUGCCGGAGAGACGGCUGAGACGGUAAAGGCGGAACUGCUCAGUAUUCUGGAAGGACUUGCUGCAACGGUACCUGACUUCAAGUACGAGUUGAGAUCGACCUUUUCUCGAGCACCGUACUUUAUUGCCAAGGAUCACGAGUUUGUUGAAUUGGUGGCCAAGCAUGCGGCAGAGGCGACUGGCACUGUGCCGGCGAUAAAGGGCGAGACGUAUUGGACAGAUAUGGCUUUGUUUGGGGAAGUUGGUAUUCCUGGUCUUAUCUGGGGUCCUAAGGGGUAUGGUCUUCAUGCGAAGAAGGAAUGGGUAGAGGUUGAAUCUGUUAGACAGCUUGCGGAAGCGUUUACGACAAUUGUAGGCGACUUUUGUAAGUAG